AUGAGUGUUUCACCAUCAAUUAAGACAUAUCCUGAUAUUGGUGAAUUUGCUUUUGGUAACAAAGGAAGAAUCUUGAUUUCAAUUUUUUUAUAUCUUGAACUAUACUUAGUUGCAAUUGAAUUCCUCAUAUUAGAAGGUGACAACUUGCAAAAAUUAUUCCCAAAUGCAAAAAUUCAUGUUGGUUGGGUUAAAAUUGUUGGAAGGGAAGUUUUUGUUUUAUUAGUUGCUGUCGUAAUAUUGCCAACAACAUGGUUGAAAAGUUUAAGUUUAUUGGCUUAUGUUUCUAUUGGUGGAGUUUUGGCUUCAGUUGUUUUGGUUUUUUCAAUAUUUUGGGUUGGUGCAAUUGAUGGUAUUGGAUUUAAAGAAAAAGGUGUGAUUUGGAGAUGGGAUGGAUUGAUAAGUGCAAUAAGUAUGUAUACAUUUUGUUAUUGUGGUCAUGCUGUUUUCCCAACAAUAUGCAAUUCCAUGAAGGAUAGGAGCCAAUUUCCCAAGGUAAUAUCUAAUUUUGAUAAACAUGUAUUAUUAUUUCGAUUUUAA